GUGAAAACUGCUCGCGACGGCAUUCGCUGCGUCCUCUCAGUGUGGGCGGGACAGACCCGAUUUAAAAGCCAAUCACUGCGCGCAAUUUACCAGCCGCCCUACAUUACAGUACGCUGAUUGGCUGUUUCAACAAACACAGACUUGAGUCGCCUCAGUUACUUGAUUGAGUCUUUAAAAACCUUCUUCGGGGACUUUGUUGUUAAAACGUUGCCCAGUGGGCUUACUGCGUACGACACUUCCCGCGGUAACCCACUUUUAAAAAUAUUUAUGACCGGAUAAAACUCGCUUUUAUGUGUUAAGGAAACCUUACCAACACCUUGUAGCAGGUAGCAGUUUCCAUGGUAACAUGCUUACAGGCGACAUGGAGUUCCUCCGGUGGAGCUGUCAUGAUGUUGCAAGAUGGAUUGAGUCUUUAGGAUUUCCACAAUACAAAGCAUGUUUCACGGAGAACCUCAUCACUGGAAGAAAGCUAAUUUAUGUAAAUUGUAUCUACCUGCCAAGACUCGGAAUCACAGAUUUUAAAGACAUGCAGGUCAUCUCUGCCCGUGUGCGCGAGCUGCUGGGGAUCACAGAGACCCUGUGGAGUCGCAGCAUCGCUGACCCUCCACGGGACAACAUGGGCCUGUUCUUGGAGAAAAAGAGUCGGACAGGUGAACAGGCGGACAGCCUCGCUUACCAGCGGUUCCUGGAGGACGCGCGUCAGUGAGCGAGAGGCGAGAGCCCGACAUGAAUCACAACAGUAAAGGAGCACAGCAAAAAAUCAAGAGAUGUCAGUGUCAUUUCAUAUCGCCAACUGUCAGCUCAUGAUGACUCCAAUGAGACACUCACAGAGGGGGCGCGUGCAGACCUCGACAAUAACGCUUCCCACCGGCAAAAUGCUUGUGUGCCGUUGUUGUCUGGUGAAAUCAGGCAUUAGGUUUUUGUGCAGGUAGCCAAUAUGUGUUCAGACUGAAAAUCAGUUCUGAAAACGUCUGGCCACUGGGUGAUCUCACAAACAGAGUGACACAACAAAGACUGAGUGCAAUAUUGCGCACACAAUUUGCGCUAUGAUAAACAGUUUCAAUGUUCUUGUCGUCCCAGCUCUGUAUAACUUUGCUUAAACCAAGCUAUUCCUAUUGAUCUCAAGUGGAUGUGCUGUAUGGAAGUAUUGAUCUGGAGUAGAAAUCCUCAGGGUAAUUCUGUGGAUGAUGACGAACACCUCUUUAAAAGUGCCAGGCAGCUCUGGGAGCAAUAUAAGUCAUUGUUCUUAUCAGGAAUAAAUAAUUUUUAA